AUGGCUGUACAAAGAUACUCAUAUACCAAAGGCAAACGACGGCGUCAAGAUUCUUUUGACCAUGAAAUCCAGAUUGAGGAACUGUCUCCAGAUGACAUGGCAUACGAUGGAGACACUGAAGUGCUUCGGCCCGAUCAGUAUGAGGAUAUUGAUUCUGAUUUCGAAGAUGAUCGAGCCUUGAGAAGACUGUGGCCGGAUACAGAUGAUGAACUUGCGGGACGACUGCGACGUCUAUCGUGUGAUGCCCGCAAAGACAACCCAAAAGACCCCAGCGACGAGGCUCGUGGACAGAAGCGCCAGUCGGCAGAAAUGGAUUUGGAAAACGAGCCUUCUCCCCACAAGCGAACCGAAAUCGAAGUAUUGGAAGUAGUAGAUGGCCAACCUGAACAGCGGCCCAUAAAGCGAAGAAGGAAGCGAGCGACCAAGUCCAACAUUGCACACCGUUUGGUCAGGAAGCCAGCACCAGAAGACUGGACAGAUAGUUCAGAGAAGACGGACGAUCAAGAGGUGAUGGAAUCUUCGAAUGCCACAAGCCCUGCUCCUGCAACUCCGGCCCCCACAACUCCGGCUCGCGCUGAGAGAAACGAGGAUGCCAUGGAUAUCAGCUGA